UCAGUGUCAAUAACAUUCAAAAUAUUGGUUAUUUUUUGGAAAGUUUAAAAAAAUUUGCAUAAUAAAUGUUUAAUGUUUAAUCGAGAUAACGCGGUUUUAGAUUAAUUCACGGAACGGUUUUAUGCGCGAAUCGGUGUUGUCGUUCGUGGUUAGGUUAAUGAAAAGUUUCGGGAAAUAUGGAAACGGGAGAGUGGCGAAAGACAAUUUUGUUUCAGUUACAAACAAGAGAUAAACGAGAAAUUGAAUGUUUUCAGGAUCUUAUAGCACAACAUAAUAAGGUCUUUGAAAAUGCUAACUCGCUGCGAUACGAAAAUCUACAACUGUCCAUACAAAACGAGAAGCUGAAGGUGGAAGGUAUCAGUGGAAACAGCAGUGCCACAGAAACCAGACUGCACGAAGAAAUCCAACACCUAAAACAGAAACUCCUUAGUCAAACCGAAGAACUCGCCGAGCUACAUAAGCGCAAAGGGGAAAAUGCCCAACAGAUUAUAGAUUUAAAUGCCAAGUUACUAGAUAGAGAUAGGGUUUUAGUUGCUAAAGAACAUAGCUUAGAAGAAUGUCAAUCAAAAAUAGCAAGCCUCGAAGCAGAGGUGGGCAUGUUAACUCAAGCCAACAAAGAACUGAGACACUUGAAUGAUGCUCUACGGGACGAACAUCAAGCCUUACAAUUAGCCUUCAAUGCGUUAGAAGAAAAAUUAAGGAGAGUUCAAGACGAAAAUGGUGAACUGGUUAAAAGACUUAUGGGUUAUAAAGCGAAAGAUGCCGAGAAACUGAAUGAAGAAAACGACAACUUUCUCAACGAGGGUUCCAAGCAUUUCUCCUCUGUUCUGAGUACUUUUGGUAUUUUUAGAAAAAGACAUGCCAAAAUGCAGAAAGAAAUUGAAGAGGCGUGUAGAGACACGAGGGGAGUUUGUGGUGACGAUUUUCAAGAAGGUUUUGGUCCGAUCAGUCAAUCAACUUUACCUACGAAGGUCCACCUGAAAUUUGAUGCUCACGAGGGUGAAGUAAACGCUGUAAAAUGGAGUCCGGUGGACCGUUUAGUGGUCACUGGCGGAGCGGACAGGAAGGUGAAGCUAUGGGACGUCUCCAAAGGUACCCAAGACAACAGAGGCGUGCUGGUUGGCAGCAAUGCCGGAGUGAUGUCGGUGGAUUUUGAUACGUCAGGAUCGUUGAUUCUGGGAGCUUCCAAUGACUUUGCUGCUAGGAUAUGGACGGUAGGGGACCAGAAAUUGCGGCAUACGUUAACAGGACACUCUGGCAAGGUCCUGGCAGCUAAAUUUUUGGGAGACGCCUCGAAAAUAGUCACAGGGAGUCACGACAGAACGUUAAAGAUCUGGGAUUUAAAGAAUAGAGCUUGUACUGAAACCAAAUUUGCCGGUUCGAGUUGUAACGAUCUAGUGACCGUUGACAACGCUGGCAGCUCCAUAAUCAGCGGCCAUUUUGACAAGACUGUCCGUUUCUGGGACAGCAGGUCCGAAUCUAGUGCCAACAAUAUAGUUCUUAAUGGAAAAGUAACAUCUUUAGACCUAACUAGAGACGCAAAAUACCUGCUAGCCUGCGUCAGAGACGAUACGUUAAAACUGAUCGAUUUACGAAUGAACCAAGUAGUCAAUUCCUUCUGUUGUGAAGGGUUCAAAGUGGGCUGCGAUUGGUCAAGGGCGACGUUCAGUCCGGACGGUCAGUUUGUGGCAGUCGGAUCGGCCGAUGGGGCAGUUUAUAUUUGGUGCGUACCCACGGCCAAAGUGGAGAAAAUUCUUAAAGAACACGGAUCGUCUACUUUUGACCUGUUCCUCAGAUCUGCCGUGACGGCAACAGCCUGGCACCCCUACGGCAACUUCCUGGCCAGCGUGGACCGGUCAAAGAGGGUGAUAAUAUGGGCUGGAGACAUCUAGGACCAGCCACCGCACGACGACAUAGUUGGAACAAGCAGCUGUAUAUAUUUUGCCACUACAAUCUCUUUUAUACUUAAGUUUGUACCGUAAUACCCGCAAAUUUUUUUUUAAUUCAUAAUAUUAAUCUUUUAGUAUAAUUUUAUCAAAAUAGUAAACACACUAUAUCAACAAAUCUAUGUCAAUACAUACAAUAAAAAAAACAUGUUAUAUCCGUAACACUAUUUUGACCACCCUGUAUACUCUAUAAUAAUUUUAAAAUGUGUAUCUUA